AAUUAUUGCACUUCCAAUCCAAUCCAAUGUGGUAGUUGAUAUUAUCGCUUCUACUUCUGCUGAUUAAGCUUCAAUUCUUCACCCAAACAUUACACACUACAUACAUACAUACAUACAAAGUGAGAAUUGAAGAAUAUAUGGCUUGUGUUGCUGUAAAUUCUCUUGUGAGGACCAUUGAGCUUGAGUUCUUGCAACCUCUGCCUCGCCCUAUCAUACGACGAAACCAACUCAUCCCUGCCAAUGAAAACUUGAUCCAAAAUCUCCACCAGAAGCUUGGUGAUCUCAUAGAGAUGUUGGAUGAGAACAGGAUGGAUGGUAUCCAAGCUAUUAAACACUUGGAAACUAAGCUAAGAGAUGUGGCUUUCCGAGUGGAAGAUGAAAUUGAAUUCCUAAUCGUAGAUCUUUGUGAGAAAGAGGAAAAUGAAGAGUUACUUGCAGGAAUAGCAGGUCUUUGUGUGGAUGAGGAAGAGGAAGAGUUGUUAGCCGCAAAAGCAGGUCUUUUUGUGGAAAUACCAGAGAGUAGUAUUGAUGCAGUAGAAGAAGAAGAAGACUUGGGAAUAGCUGCAGAUCUUUUUGUGGAAAAACCACAAGUAGGAGAAAUUGAUGCCCAAAGAAGUAGGCAUUCUUUCAAACUUGGUUGUAUUUUGGAAGAAGCAAUAAGAGACAUUGAUGCCAUCCACAAAGAGUUGUCCAAAGUCAAGAUGGAGUAUGUCGCAGCUGCAGCUUCUACCACACGUUGUAGUGAUGUGAUGAUGAUGGCGGGGGCGGGGGAUUCCUCCCAUCACCAACACGCUUCACACUCCCAGCCACAGCAGGGCAGCAUAAUGGUGGGUAAAAACAAUGAGUUCCACAUUGUAAAGGCGAUGCUAAUUGAGCAUUCAUCAAGGCAACGAGAAAUUGUUUCCAUUAAAGGUAUGGGAGGCAUCGGCAAGACAACCUUAGCUAGAGGACUUUAUGAAGAUCCAUCAGUUGCCUCCCGCUUUGACGUCCGAGCUUGGGUUGUUGCCUCACAAUAUCAUAAUAAGUUACAAAUGCUCACAGAUCUUCUUAAAUCAAUGGGUUGUGUAGGUAGUGGCACUCAAGAGGAUCAGCUAACACAACAAUUGUACAAAAAACUGAUGCAUCAAAGAUACUUUGUUGUGAUUGAUGACAUUUGGAGCGUUGAUGCGUGGAAUUCUGUCAAAGCUUGUUUUCCGGAUAAUGCAAAUGGCAGUCGAGUAUUGUUGACUACUCGCUCUGCACAGGUGGCUGCUUUUAUAGGCUCUAACAGUGACUUUUCGCAUCAAAUGCAAUUUUUAGAAGAAGGUGAGAGUUGGAAUCUAUUUCAAGAAAAGACAAGCAAAUCUCUUGGUUCUGAAUUUGAUAUGAUUGAGAGACAGAUUGUUAAGAAAUGCAAAGGAUUGCCUCUAGCAAUUGUUGUGGCUGCAGGUUUAUUUUCCAAACUUCAUACGCUAGAUGAGUGGAAGAAUGUUGCAGAAGCUCUAAAUUCACCUGCAACAACAACAAUUGAUGAAGAAUGCUCAAAUAUACUUUCAUCCAGUUACAAUCACUUGCCUCACAGUUUGAAGGCUUGUUUUUUAUAUUUGAGCCUUUUUUCAGAAGAUGAAGUGAUCCAGGUUAAACAAAUUGUAAAGUUAUGGGUUGCCGAAGGACUUGUAAAGGCAUCUAAGGAUAUGAGCUUUGAUGCGGUGGCAAGAAAGCACGUUCAAGAACUCAAGGAUAGGAACCUAAUUCUUGUAAGUCAGCCAAGUAGUUGCGGGAAAAAAGCAAAGGCAUUUAGAAUGCAUGAUUUAGUGCAUUCUUUUUGUGUGAGGGAAGCUAAAAAGGAAAACCUUCUGCAUGUUGUCUGUGAGAAUGAGUCUAGUUUCUCUCCUAAAUAUUUCCGAUGGGUAAGCAUCCAAUUUGGAAGGUUUAACAGACAAACAUUAUAUUCUUCUUUAAAAAGCUGUCGAUCCAUCUUCCUUUUUGUCUCCCUUGUUGACAGACUAAAUCUAUUUUUAAAUUCAAAAUUUGGCCGCCUAAUAAGAGUAGUCUAUAACGGUAAAAUAGAUCUAAAGUAUCUUGUCCAUUUGAGAUGCCUAUUGGCACCGGCAGCACGACCGGCACUCCUAAAAGCUUUAGUCAUUUCAGAUCCAUUUUUUUGUUGGAAUCUUCAAACACUUUCAGCUAGUAGUAUUGAUAAAAUGAGCGUUUUAGAGUUCCCACAACUACAACAUUUGCGUAGUAACGGCCCUCUGAGUGAUUUUCCCAUAUGUUUUCAUCAAAACUUGAAGAGCAUUGGUUGGUUGAGAGUUGAUCACUGCACAAAAGAAUUUUUUACCAGUAUUCCAUACGUAGAGAAGGUAAUGAUUCGUUGUGAAUAUAUUUGGAAAGAUGGCAUUAAUAACAUUGCCUAUUUACAUCAACUCCACAGUCUCUCACUUUCUGGUUUUCUGUAUCCGCUGAUUCCAAAUAACAACUGCAUUGCUAGCUGUAAAAAUCUUAUGAAGUUGAACUUUAGGUGUGUAAGCUUUGAGGGAGAGACAUUUAAUAAUUUCAGCAAGUUGCCUAAACUUGAGGUGCUAGUGCUACAGAAGUGUAGGUGGGCCGGUGACGAGUGGAAAUUACUUGAACAUGAGAGUUUUGACCAGUUAAUUUAUUUGUCAAUUAGUACGAGUGAUCUUGAGUGUUGGGAAGCAAGUGCUUCUAAUUUUCCGAAUCUUGAGCAUCUAUUCCUUGAUUUCUGCGAAUAUUUGGAAAAGAUUCCAGCUGAGUUUGCAGAAAUUCCAAACUUGAAGUCAAUUGAAUUGUGGGAAUGCCUUCAGUCUGCAGUGGAUUCUGCCAAGGAAAUUCAAAGAGAGCAACAUGAGCAGGGAAAUGAUAAUAUGGUUGUCAUUGAGAAAUGGACAAUAAAAGAGUGACUCAUGACAGCCUCACUCCAGCUAGCUCUGAUGAUGAACUUGAGCCAUAAAGGAAUAAAAGCAAAAAAGGAUGCGGGCGUGUUCUCAAGAUCAGACGUCCAAAAUUGGUGUGUAUAACAUAUAUAUUUGAGCAUUUCAGAGUGGUGUGUGAUAUUUGGGCAUUUGAAUUCUUCCACUAAUCUGCUAUUUGUAUUCAGCAAAGUGUUGAGACUUCAAAUAUUAUUAUAUUGUUGUAUUCUAGUAGUUGGAACCUUUCUUCAAAAUCUGUUGUCUACUUAUCAGACAGUAACAUUUCUUUGUGAACUACUUUUUUCUUUAACUAAAUACCUUUCUUUCUCAUUCAUAUAGCAUAUUAUAUGGCA